AUGCCUGUGCCGCCGCCAACUUUGCGACCUCCUAUGUCCAUUCACAAACGAAGAACAAGACCAAAGCUGCCGACACUCUCCAUACCGACGCCGCCUGUGUUGUCGGCUCCACUAACGUCUCAAGAUUCUCAGUCAGCACGUCCGAUAAAAAUUGGAGAGCAACGCUCUGGCACAAAUUCGUCCCUGGGCUCUAGUUCGCAGAGCACCAUAAGCGAGAGCACUCCGGUAAGUGUGCCUAAUGAUUUUGAUAGCCCCGUACUGGCUAUGUCAACCCUUUCUAUAGGCGACGACCGCAAAGCUGAGCUUGAGGCGGUCUGCAAAAAGGAUAUACACGAGCUAGAUGCAGACGAUUGGAAACUGUUAUCGAAAUCAAACGAAAUAGAGGAGCUUGAGCUCAUAGGAGAGGGGAAUGGGGGAUCUGUCAAAAAAUGCAAUUGGAAGUCGAAGAACCAGAUUUUUGCUCUGAAGACCAUAACUACAGAUCCGAAUCCCAAUGUUCAGACACAAAUAAUGAGGGAACUGAACUUUAAUCGCAGCUGCAAAAGCAAGUAUAUUGUGGACUACUAUGGGACAUUUAUGGACGAGGAGGACGCAUCUAUCUAUAUAUGCAUGGAGUUUAUGGGGGGAACAUCGCUGGAUGCAAUCUACAAAAACAUCAAAUCCAGAAAUGGGAGGAUAGGAGAGAAGGUGAUUGGCAAAAUUGCGGAAAGUGUGCUGCAGGGUUUAUCAUACUUGCACUCAAGGAAGAUCAUUCAUCGAGAUGUCAAGCCCCAAAACAUAUUACUCGACUGGGACGGAAGCGUGAAGCUGUGUGACUUUGGUGUUAGUGGUGAAGUUGUAAACUCUCUGGCUACAACCUUCACUGGCACAUCCUACUAUAUGGCCCCUGAAAGGAUAAAGAAUGAGCCAUAUACGGUCUCGUCUGAUGUGUGGUCUUUGGGGUUAACUUUGCUGGAAGUUGCUCAAGGAAAGUUUCCCUUCCAUAACACUGAUAGGACUAUGGCGCUUACCCCUAUAGAACUUUUGUCCAUGAUACUGGAGUUCACUCCUGUGCUCAACGAUGAACCAGAAGAGGGUAUUACUUGGUCUGCUUCCUUCCGUAACUUCUUGGAGUAUUGUUUGAUCAAGGAGCCGGAGCGUCGGCCAAGUCCGAGGCAAAUGCUGGAGCAUCCCUGGAUUGGAGGCCAAGUGAAGAAGGUGGUCAAAAUGGAUAAGUUUGUUAGAAAAUGUUGGGAAACAAACUGA